AUGUCGAUGCACUACUACAGACCGGGCUACCGUUAUCGCUCGGCAAGCGCCAGGACGAGUGCCAAUGGCGAGACACAGGGCUCGGACAGCGAUGUUGCUGAGCUCAGUGACCUCGAGGACGAUGAGGACGAGGACGACGGGCGUAAUGCCAUGAAUGACUUACCAUUCGACGGGAUUAACGAGAUGGAUGAGAACAACAGCGACGAGACAAAUGACCAGACGGAUGACGACGAUACCGACGACGAGGAAGACGAUGAUGAUGACGACGAGGAUGAUGAUGAUGAUGAUGCUGAAGACGCCGAAGAGUUGCCCUAUCCGGGCUUCACCCCUGUGGCACUGCGCUACCUCGAUCAGACCACACGACCGCGCAACUGGUGUCUUUGCCUCAUCACUAAUCCGUGGUUCGAAAGGAUAAGCAUGAUGGUCAUCCUACUCAACUGCAUCACCCUCGGAAUGUAUCAGCCCUGCGUAGACGACAAGUGCGUCACUAACCGCUGCAAGAUUUUACAGAUGUUCGACGACAUAAUCUUCAUGUUCUUCUCUCUCGAGAUGACGAUAAAAAUGGUGGCAAUGGGGGUUUACGGAAAGGGCACAUAUCUCGCUGAUUCGUGGAACAGAUUAGACUUCUUUAUAGUCGCCGCUGGAGCCUUGGAAUACUGUCUAAACGUAGAGAACAUGAACUUGUCAGCCAUAAGAACAAUAAGAGUGCUGCGACCGCUGCGUGCAAUCAACAGGAUACCGAGUAUGAGGAUACUCGUGAUGCUGCUCCUUGAUACACUACCGAUGCUCGGCAACGUUCUCCUCCUCUGCUUCUUCGUUUUCUUUAUAUUCGGAAUCGUGGGUGUACAACUCUGGGAGGGAAUUUUACGACAACGAUGCUUUCUCAAGGCACUUCCAAACGUCAAAUAUCCAGAUGACCUCGAGAAAUAUUUUGAGUACCAGGGCCAGGAUUACAUAUGCUCCAAGCCUGAUGAUAAUGGUAUGCACACGUGUGACAACCUACCGCCUCUGAAAUUCGGGGACAUAGUGUGCAAUAGCACGGCUGUACCGAACAGCAAUGUUACAUUCAUCACAAAUACAACUUGUGUCAAUUGGAAUUACUAUUAUACCGAAUGCAAGGGUCAGGGUAAUAAUCCAUUUCAAGGUACAAUAUCGUUUGACAACAUUGGUCUUGCCUGGGUUGCAAUAUUUCUCGUUAUAAGUCUCGAGGGCUGGACAGACAUAAUGUACUACGUACAGGAUGCUCACUCCUUCUGGGACUGGAUAUACUUUGUUCUAUUGAUCGUUAUUGGCUCGUUCUUCAUGAUAAACCUAUGCCUGGUUGUGAUAGCCACCCAAUUUUCUGAGACAAAGAAGCGCGAGAUGGAGAGAAUGAGAUUGGAACGAGCGAGAUUUCAUUCCACGAGUACACUGGCGUCCUCAACAAAUAACUCAGAACCAACAACGUGUUACGCUGAAAUUGUGAAGUACAUUGGACACUUGUGGAGAAAGGGCAAACGUAGUCUGGCGAAGAAAUAUCGAUUGUGGAAAUAUAGGAGACAGCAGAAACAGGAGAAUCAUUUACUCAGGGAACAACAGGGUCAUCUUUGUCCGAACGUCGUUAAUCUCAGGACAAAUCGUUUAUCGAGCACUGAUCGUCGCGUCCACCACGUGAGGUGUCCUCGUCACGUACUCUCAAUGGAGGUCAGUGAUCGUAUGAUGUCGAGUGAACUCUGCGAGAACAUCCUGGCACGGGGAAGUUUAGCCCCACGUGCAAGUCCAGAAGUAUCGGAGACAGACAUGUCGUAUCACCAGUGUUGCAGCCAUCGUGCCAGCAUCCAGCGUUUACCAACUGCCUCCAACAAUGGCACCAGUGACAACAACAUCGUCACAUCACCCGAGGUUUGA